CCUCGCUGGCCUUGGGGGGAUGGUUUCAUCAUGGCGUCAAUGCAGAAACGACUACAGAAAGAACUGUUGGCUUUGCAGAAUGACCCACCUCCUGGAAUGACUUUAAAUGAAAAGAGCGUUCAGAAUUCAAUCACGCAGUGGAUCGUAGACAUGGAAGGUGCACCAGGAACCUUAUAUGAAGGGGAAAAAUUUCAACUUUUGUUUAAAUUUAGUAGUCGAUAUCCUUUUGACUCUCCUCAGAAGACUGGUCCCCGGCGCUCUCAGUGCAGUCAGUCUGUCUCAGCAUUAUCAGCAUGCUUUCCAGCUGCAAAGAAAAGAGACGACCACCAGAUAAUUCCUUUUAUGUGCGAACAUGUAACAAGAAUCCAAAGAAAACAAAAUGGUGGUAUCAUGAUGACACUUGUUGAUGCCGCUGCCCUCCUCCUGUAGCAGAAGAUAGUCCUACUGAGAAAUGAGCACUUUGAUCAUUCAGUCUUUGAACUUUAACCUUUGACUGGAAGUGACCUAUAGGCAAUGAAGACUACUUCCUUUUACUGCAUUUUUACUCGUGUGCAUUCUGGGCGCAUGUUGAUCGCUGGUUCAGUCCAGGCAACUGACGUGCUUUUAUUAGUCAUACAGUAUUAAUGCAGGUGUCAGGAAAUGUCAAAUAUAAUUCCAUUUUUUAUUUUUUUAAGCUUUUGGAAAAGUUCCAGGUCCUCAUGUAUUGUGCAAUAACAGUGACUUCCUCAGUGGUGUGGGGACGUUCAUUGCCGGCAAUGGACGUUGUAAAAGGAAGAGUUUUCUUAACUCCUGCCACUUGGUGAUUAAUGCAUGAUAGGGCCUAUGAAAUGAAUUUAUCAGUUGUCGUGGGAUUAUAAGGAAAGUGAGGGAUCCAACAUUACAUUGAAAGCCACCCCAAUUGUUAAUAUUUGGAUUCUAUGCACUGUGAUCCUAAGGCUAGCAGCAUGAAAUGACAUGCAUCUUUAAAGGACCGUAAGAAAGAUCAUUGCAUAUUUAUUUAAUUGUUUAUAUCUGCUGUCAAAUUGUUUUUGACAUGGAAAGUUUUCAAGGAACAUUGGCAGAGAGGUACAAUAUGUUAUCCCUAUGGUGAAAAUAAAUUCAUUUGUUGUAUAUAGUCCUCAAUCUCUGAAGUAAAGGUGUGCAUAAGAGAGUGUGACUGGUUUAACCAAGGCGUUGUUUUGGAAGUAAAUGAAAAGAUGGCAGUGAUGAUUAAAUUCCUGCCAUCCAUCCUUUGGGCCUGUUAUUAUUCUUUUUCCAAGUAUAUUACACUCUGUUACUUCCUGCUAGCCAUCAGCAUGAGCCCUAUUGCCUAAACACUAUUUCAUUUAUUUAUGUUUGGAAAAAAAAAAAUCCAUGAACAUUUUUGUUUGUAAUCUUGUUUCUUUUGUUAUGUUUUCAGUUGUUUAAAUGUUAUAAUACUUUAAUUGAAAGAAUUUUGUCAAGUUUUUUUUUUCUUGUAAAUUUUCUUUACUUGUAUCAUCUUGUCCUUCAAUACUGUACCCUAAAAUGAGAAAUACAUUUUUGACAGAGGCUUAAUGUUUUAACAAAAGAGUGUGGACAUUUUUAUUUUAAGAUUUUGGCAAAAGGAUACUAUAAAAACAAUGUUUGCUUAUUUGUCUCACGUAUCCAUUGUGUAGGGUUUCUUGGAAAAAUUUGUUUUGUUUGUUGAGAAGAUUUUGCCUACAGUUAGAUGAAGCUUUUCUGUCUUGUCUGUCUGUCCGUCUCUACUC